UUCAUUUCACUACUAGUGGUAUAAAGUUGCGUUAAUUCAUAAUUGAAUACUCAAAAGCAGAUAUUAUUUGCCUAAAAAGCAUCUAAUAGCACUCACUCACUCUCACACUGUGCUCUCUCUUUCUCUCAGAAACAACGCUACCGAAAAUCGAAAACCGAAAACCCUCUCAUGACGACGUCGUUUGCAGCAGCGGCGCUCAGAGACCCUAAGCUUCAGAUCCCAACCUACCAUGGCUUACGCUCUUCCUCCGCCGCAUCUUCUCUCUCCCGCAAUGCUCUCUCCAUCCCUUCAUCCACUCGCUCCUCCUCCCUCAUACGCGCUGUUUCCACUCCUGCAAAGUCUGAAACAGUUACUGAGAAGAGGAGCAAGGUUGAGAUAUUCAAGGAACAGAGCAAUUUCAUAAGGUAUCCUCUUAACGAGGAUAUGUUGAAUGAUGCGCCGAAUUUAAGCGAAGCUGCAACUCAGUUGAUCAAGUUUCAUGGUAGUUAUCAACAGUACAACAGAGACGAGCGUGGUUCGAGAACCUAUUCGUUUAUGAUACGGACUAAGAACCCUUGCGGGAAAGUUUCGAAUCAGCUUUACUUGACUAUGGAUGAUCUUGCUGAUCAGUUUGGAAUUGGGACGCUUAGAUUGACUACUAGACAGACGUUUCAGCUGCACGGUGUUGUUAAGAAGGAUCUUAAGACGGUUAUGGGUUCUAUUAUUAGAAAUAUGGGGUCGAGUUUAGGUGCGUGUGGUGAUCUUAAUAGAAAUGUGCUUGCUCCUGCUGCUCCGAUUGUGAGGAAGGAUUAUCUCUUUGCUCAGGAAACUGCAGAGAAUAUUGCUGCACUGUUGACUCCUCAAUCUGGUUUUUAUUAUGAUGUUUGGGUAGAUGGGGAAAGAUUUAUGUCAGCAGAACCGCCUGAGGUAGUUCAGGCACGAAAUGAUAAUUCUCAUGGUACAAACUUCACGGAUUCACCUGAGCCCAUAUAUGGAACUCAGUUCUUGCCAAGGAAAUUCAAAAUUGCAGUUACCGUGCCAACUGAUAACUCUGUGGAUAUUCUCACAAAUGAUAUUGGUGUUGUUGUUGUUACUGGUGAUGAUGGGGAGCCUCAAGGAUUCAAUCUUUAUGUUGGUGGGGGGAUGGGAAGAACACACAGGAUGGAAACCACUUUUCCCCGCUUGGCUGAACCAUUGGGUUACGUGCCAAAAGAGGAUAUUUUGUAUGCAGUGAAAGCAAUUGUUGUUACACAACGAGAAAACGGGAGAAGAGAUGACCGCAGGUAUAGUAGAUUGAAAUAUCUGAUCGACUCUUGGGGAAUAGAUAAGUUCAGAAAUGAAGUCGAGCAAUAUUAUGGCAAGAAGUUUGAACCUUUCCGCAGCUUGCCAGAAUGGGAAUUCAAAAGUUAUCUUGGAUGGCAUCAGCAGGGCGAUGGUGGUUUAUAUUGUGGGCUUCAUGUUGACAAUGGUCGUAUUGCUGGAAAAAUGAAAACGGCAUUGAGGGAGGUUAUUGAGAAGUAUCAUUUGAAUGUUAGAUUAACUCCAAAUCAGAACAUCAUAUUGACUGAUAUUCGAGCUGCAUGGAAACGUCCCAUCACAACCAUUCUUUCUCAGGCUGGUCUGCUGCAACCUAGGUAUGUAGAUCCCCUUAAUAUAACGGCUAUGGCAUGCCCUGCUUUCCCAUUAUGUCCCCUGGCAAUUACUGAAGCUGAACGUGGAAUACCAAGUAUUCUUAAGCGGAUCCGUGACAUGUUUGAGAAGGUUGGUCUGAAGUAUAAUGAAUCUGUGGUUGUAAGGAUAACUGGCUGUCCUAAUGGUUGUGCUAGACCAUAUAUGGCUGAACUUGGACUGGUUGGUGACGGCCCAAAUAGCUACCAGGUUUGGCUUGGAGGCAGCAGUAACCAAACAUCAAUAGCGCGGAGUUUCAUGGACAAGGUGAAGCUUCAAGACCUUGAAAAAGUUUUGGAGCCAUUGUUUUAUCAUUGGAAGCAAAAGCGUAAUUCUAAAGAAUCAUUUGGCGACUUUACAGUUCGACUGGGAUUUGAGAAGCUUAAAGAAUUCAUUGAGAAAUGGGAGGGUCCAGUAGUAGCACCAACAGCACGCCACAACCUGAAGCUUUUUACCGAUAAAGAGACAUACGAAGCAAUGGAUGGGUUAGCUAAGCUUCAAAACAAAAAUGCUCAUCAGUUGGCCAUGGAAGUUGUCCGCAAUUAUAUUGCUUCCAACCAAAAUGGAAAAGGUGAAACAUUUAAUUGAUUAGGCCAUUGAAGAUGUAUGUGAUGUUGCAUUUUGGUUGACUGGGAAUGGCUACUGAGCAAAACUCUCAGUACUGUUACUGUGUGGUAACCCUGAGGAUAGACUGAAUUAAUGUUUGGUUUUUCGUUACUUUUUUGUAUAAAACAAGCUUUCAGCUAGAGUCUUUUGGUACUUUAUUUUCAUUUAGAGCUUUUUUGAAGACAGAAAUAAGCCUCUAUUUCUUUUUGAGUUUGCACAACGUCGGGUAUUUCUUCAAUUAUUCCUGUUUGGUA